AUGGAAUAUGGUCGAUCUAACCGCGCUCCAGUUCUGGACGAGGAUGAUGAUGACGGAGACGUCCCUCUCCCGUCUCAUAUUGUCAGGGAUCAAAUAAACCUCUCAGAUCUACGUGACACUACGGGGGAUGCUUGCAUCAGCGAUUGGGCACGUAGACAUAUGGGUGACACUCACCUAGGGAAGAGGAAAUUCCAGAGGGGGCAUACGAAGGGUGACUCGAAGCGUCAAAAACAAAAAGGAAAAGCAACAGCAAAAUCAGUGAACAGCGACACGUCCACAGAUGAUGGCGAUGGUGAGCGUAGUCCACCGUAUCAAGAGACUGGGGAUAGCAGCUCCGCUGGUGAUGGUGACGGUAGUGACAGUGCAGAUGCUGCUGCUGGUGGUGGUGGUGGUGGUAGUGGUGGUGGUAUUCCCAUUCGUUUCACAGGGGAGACUCAGUUCACACAUGCUACUCAGGACCCCGAUCAUGGAGCACCGGAAUCGCCGAGGAGAACGUCGCCGCGCCGCCCCGUCACGGCAGCAAUCGGCAUCGCCUCGCUCUCGCUGCCUCGGAUGCUCCCAGCCUCGCACCCGCUGCUCUACGCUGACGAUCUCCUCCCGCUCGCCGCUUCCCCGCCGCACCACCGCCACCUCACCCUCUCCGCCGGCGGUCGUGCCCACACGCUGCUCCUCGCGCCCCCGCUCGCGCUCGCCGCCGUCUCCCGGACGCCGCACCUCCGGGCCGCGCCCACGCGCUGCUCCUCCUCGCGCCCCCGCUCACGCUCGCCGCCCUCCCGGACGCCGCGCGGGCUGGCACAGCCCGCGGAGGCCGGAUGUGAUAUCGGGCCGGCCGCUCCACUCCACCUUCUGCGCUGCUCCCCUGUUCCUGCUCGCGCACGUGGAGCUGCAGCUGUGGGACGGUGGCCGGUGGGUGGUGGCCUUGGCGGGGGUGUCUAUUCACCGCGCGCGCGAGUGGAAUCGAUCCACUCGCAGAAGGCGCUUCGUCCUCCGCCCCCGCCCCGCGUCCUCCGCCCCCACCCCUUCGUCCUCCGCCCCGGCCGGCGGCUCUCGCCGCCGCGCCGUCCGCCCACCAACCACCGCCGGCGCAUCCCCGUCCUCCCCUAA